CUCCCACAGGCUGUGGACCCCUCCUCUGUCGCCUUGGUGACCCUCGGCUCCUCAAAAGAGAUGCUUUUCGAGGGGGGUCCCAGACCCUGGGUCCUGGAGCCUUCCAAGUUCUUCCGCAACGUCACCUCUGAGGACAUGGACAGCGUCAGUCUGGCUCUCUUUGGGCCCCCUGCCGCCCGGAAUCACCAGCAACACUGGAUCCUCGUGACCUGCCAGGUCUUGGGCGAGCAGGUCAUCGCCCUCACGGUGGGGAACAGGCCCAGCAUCACGAACCCCUUCCCGGCGCUGGAGCCCGCUGUGGUGAAGUUCGUGUGUGCGCCGCCCUCCCGGCUCACCCUGGCGCCCGUCUACGCCAGCCCCCAGCUGGACCUGUCCUGCCCGCUGCUGCAGCAGAACAAGCAGGUGGUUCCGGUCUCCAGCCAUCGCAACCCCCUGCUGGACCUGGCCGCCUAUGACCAGCAGGGCCGCAGGUUCGACAAUUUCAGCUCGCUGAGCGUCCAGUGGGAGUCCACCAGGCCGUCGCUGGCCAGCAUCGAGCUGGACCCGCCCUUACAGCUGGUGUCCCGGGACGAUGGGAGCGGCCAAAAGAAGUUGCACGGUUUGCAGGCCAUUUCAGUUCACCAGGCCUCGGGCACCACGGCCAUCUCUGCCACUGCCACUGGCUACCAGCAGUCCCACCUGGACAUGGCCAGAGUGAAGCAGCCGCACCAUCCCCUCGUGCCCGUGUCGGCCUCCAUCGAACUCUUGCUGGUGGAAGACGUGAGGGUCAGUCCAGAAGAGGUGGCCAUCUACAACCACCCGGGCGUGCAGGCAGAGCUGCACGUCCGAGAAGGCUCUGGCUACUUUUUCCUCAACGCCAGCAGCGCAGAUGUGGUCAGCGUGGCCUAUCAGGAAGCCCGGGGCGUCGCCACGGUGCACCCUUUGCUCCCGGGCACCUCAACCAUCAUGAUCCACGACUUGUGCUUAGCCUUCCCGGCCCCGGCAAAGGCUGACGUUUAUGUCUCGGACAUUCAGGAGCUGUACAUCCGCGUGGUAGACAAGGUGGAGAUUGGGAAGACGGUCAAGGCGUAUGUUCGCGUGCUGGACUUCCACAAGAAGCCCUUCCUGGCCAAGUACUUGGCCUUCAUGGACCUGAAGCUCCGGGCAGCCUCCCAGAUCGUUACGUUGGUGGCCCUCGAUGAGGCCCCAGACGACUACACCGCUGUGUUUCGUGUCCACGGCGUGGCCAUUGGCCAGACCAGUCUCACCGCAACCGUGACCGAUAAGGCUGGACAGAGAAUCAACUCAGCCCCACAGCAGAUUGAGGUCUUUCCCCCGUUUCGGUUGAUACCCAGGAAGGUGACGCUGAUUAUCGGGGCCACGAUGCAGGUCACCUCCGAGGGCGGCCCCCAGCCUCAGCCCAACGUCCUCUUCUCCAUCAGCAAUGAGAGCGUGGCGCUGGUGAGCGGCGCCGGGCUCGUGCGAGGCCUCUCCGCGGGCCACGGCGCCGUGUCGGGGGUCGUGCAGGCCGUGGAUGCCGAGAGCGGCAGGCUCGUCGUCGUGUCACGGGACCUCGUGGAGGUGGAGGUGUUGCUGCUCCAGGCUGUGAGGAUCCGUGCCCCCAUCACUCGGAUGAGGACGGAGACCCAGAUGCCUGUCUACGUCACCGGGAUCACCAACAACCAGAACCCUUUCUCCUUCGGCAAUGCCGUGCCGGGCCUGACCUUCCACUGGUCUGUCACCAAGCGAGACAUCUUGGACGUCCGGGGACGGCACCACGAGGCAUCGCUCCAGCUGCCGUCGCAGUACAACUUUGCCAUGAACGUGCACGGCCGGGUGAAGGGCCGCACCGGGCUGAGGGUGGUGGUCAAGGCCCAGGACCCCACAGCCGGGCAGCUGCUGGGCCUCGCCAAAGAGCUCUCUGACGAGAUCCAAAUCCAGGUGUUUGAAAAGCUGCGGCUGCUGAACCCUGAAAUAGAAGCAGAACACGUGUUAAUGUCGCCCAACUCAUUUGUCAAGCUCCAGACAAACAGGGAUGGCGCCGCCUCUCUGAGCUAUCAUGUCCUGGACGGGCCUGAGAAGGUUCCCAUCGUGCACGUUGAUGAGAGAGGCUUCCUGGUGUCGGGGUCCCUGAUCGGGACAUCCACUGUCGAAGUGACGGCCCAAGAGGCUUUUGGGGCCAACCAGACCAUCAUCGUGGCUGUCAAGGUGUCCCCUGUUUCCUACCUGAGGAUCUCCAUGAGCCCCGCCCUGCACACCCAGAACAAGGAGGCUCUGGCGGCCCUGCCCCUGGGAGUGACCGUGACUUUCACCGUCCACUUCCACGACAACUCCGGAGACAUCUUCCACGCUCACAACUCUGUCCUCAACUUUGCAACUAACAGGGACGAGUUUGUGCAGAUCGGGAAGGGCGCCACCAACAACACCUGCGUGGUCCGCGCGGUCAGCGUGGGCCUGACGCUGCUCAGAGCGUGGGACGCGGCACACGGCGGCCUCUCUGACUUCGUCCCGCUGCCUGUCCUGCAGGCCAUCUCCCCCGAGCUGUCCGGAGCAGUGGUGGUGGGGGACGUCCUCUGUCUGGCCACGGUUCUGGUCAGCCUGGAAGGCAUCCCCGGAACCUGGAGCUCAUCAGCCCGCAGCAUCCUCCACGUCGACCCCAAGACAGGCGUGGCCGUGGCCCGGGAAGCGGGAUCUGUGACCGUUUACUACGAGCUCGCCGGGCACCUGAAGACCUACAAGGAGAUAGUGGUCAGCCUCCCUCAGAGGAUCGUGGCCCGGUACGCCCGCCCCGUCCAGACCAGCUUCCAGGAGGUUGCGGCCUCCAAAGUGAUGGUCACAGUGGGAGACCGGAGCUCUAACCUGAGAGGUGAGUGCUCCCCCGGCCAGGUGGAAAGCAUCGCAGCCCUGCACCCAGAAUCCCUCCUCGGCUGCCAGCUGCAGUUCAAGCAAGACAUCUUCGACUUCCCAGCCCGUGAGGUUUUCACCGUAGAACCGGAGUUUGACGCUUCCCUGGGCCGGUACCUCUGCUCGGUGACUAUGCUCAGGCUUACGGACAAGCAGCUGAAGCACCUGAGUCUGAAGUGGACAGCACUGCUGGUCACUCCCUCUCUCCCAGGAAGCCACUUCUCCGGAGAGCAGGUCGGGGCCGAGGUGCCCUUCAGCCCAGGGCUUUACACUGACCAGGCUGAAAUCCUUUUGAGCAACCACUACACCAGCUCCGAGGUCAAGGUCUUUGGUGCCAUGGAAGUUCUGGAGAACCUGGAGGUGAAGUCCGGGUCCCCAGCCGUGCUGGCCUUCGUGAAGGAGAAGUCUCUGGGGCUGCCCAGCUUCGUCACCUACACAGUCGGCAUCUCGGACCCCACGGCCGGCAGCCAGGGGCCUCUGUCCACCGCCCUGACCUUCUCCAGCCCCACCACUAACCAGGCCAUCACCGUCCCCGUCACCAUGGCCUUCGUGAUGGAUCGCCGGGGACCUGGUGCUCACGGCUCCGGCCUCUUCCAGCACAUCCUGGACUCCUACCAGGUCAUGUUCUUCACGCUGUUUACCCUGCUGGCCGCGACCGCGGUCACGAUCAUAGCCUACCACACGGUCUGCACACCCCGGGAGCCCACCACACCACCGGCCCUCUCCCCGCGAGCCAGCCCUCGGCACAGCCCGCACUAUGUUCCUGCCUCAUCGCCAACGCCUUUCAACACGCUGCUUCCUGCUCGCAGAGCCAGCCCUCCCUCGGGGCUGUGGAGCCGGGUGUACCCCUCCCACUAG